CCGGAACGAACUCUUGUUGAUGUCGCUUCUACUGUCGCCAGUGGGAAGACGUCUUCGACUACAUCCAGCAUACCGGCAUCAUGUCCAUCGUACCCUUGGCACCAAGAAACAAUAACCCAGCCUUGAACGAUUUGGAUUUGGCGGCCACUGAUCCAUUUGCAACGCCGACUGUCAGUCCACCUGAGUUACCAGCAGUACCAGAGCCAACAGCCCAGAGAACAUCACAUCCACGAAUACGGCAGUUGAACGAGCAUACUCGACUAGCCUAUGGACGGCUGAGCCAUGAGCAGGCGACAUACCCGUACAAGUCCGCGUCCGUGUCUUCAACAGGCGCCAGCUCAAACAUGACUCCAAUCUCAUCCAUUGAUCUUGAAAAGAGCGCGGCACGCGAAAGAGACGCAGAAUCGCCCAAGAGGCAUUCUCGAACGAGCAGGGACCCAGAGAAGGCCACGCAAAGCCCAGCUCGUGGGUCUCGAGACCAAUAUCAACGACCACAUGCCUCCAGACUCGCAUAUCUCGAAGACGACGACCUGGACAGAGAAUUGCAAGAGCAAAACGCAGUCAAAAUCCUGCUGUUCUUGUCAGGGCCAUGCAUUGGGCUCUCAUUCUUGAACGCAAUAUGGACAAUCAUAUCAUUACUCCUCACGACCAUGACCCAACCCGUGCGCCUCUGCGCCCGAAGACCGACGUUUGGCCAGCAAUUAGGCGGAUUGGUCGGGCCGGCAUUGAACCUGCAGCUGAAGAGCAUAUACACACCAUUACCACCACACGCGGACGAAGACACGACAUAUCGAUCCGGCAUGCUCGUUGCAGUAAUGCUUCUCUCACCAUUUCUGAGCAUGGGAAUCAUGCUUGCUGCGUGGGUUACGGCAGUCUAUUGGAUAUCUUCAGCCAUGGUCGGCGAUCCAGCUGGUCAGGACAAGCGAGAUGACGGGAGAGAGACGGUUAUGGCGUUACGGAAGUGGUGGGAACGUUGGCUUGUGCGGAGUAUGCGAGAAGAGCAAACAUAAUACCACCAGGAAAACAAGUGCAAAGCUGCACGCACGCUGAUGUCUGAUGAUUUGGUUAGCGAGGUGUUGGAGGCGUUUUCUGUGGAAAGCAUUAUUGAUACCAUAUCUGCUUUUUUGGGGGGUAACAAACAGUGUUGAAUAUCGCUGCGAAGAAAGCAGUUGUGCUACUCCUCUC